AUGCUGUCUGAGUCAUGGGACCAAGGACGGCACAAUGCUCGAUUACGAAGAAACUGUUUCCGAAGCUUGUCCAAUAUAAUGCUGGCUGUUACACGUACUCCUCUACCCCGAAUUGGUUCUUUCAUUGUGAAUGAAAAAGGAUUUUUAAGGCUAAGCAAUAGGCCCCUUACCCUUGAAAUUCAUGAUCUUGAAAAUGAGCAUAUUCCUAUAGAUAUCCCACGCGACUUUACGUAUUCCACCGUGGACGCCUAUGUCAAUGACAUCCUCGCAUUCCAUGAAAGCCGCCUCCGUCAUCAACUUAAUGCGGUUAAUGAUGUUCAAGAUGGUUUAUUCCAGAUGGCUGCUUUAACAGUGAUGAGAGCUGUUCGGCAUAUAUUCUUCCGCGGCGAUCUUCGCCGAGGCCCUUUUCUCAUAAGCUUUACAGAUCUCCACCAGAGCAACAUCUUUGUCGAUGAGAACUGGAAUAUUACAUGCCUAGUUGACCUGGAAUGGGCCUGUUCUCGUCCAGCAGAAAUGAUUCACCCACCGUAUUGGCUGAGUAACCAAUCUGUUGAUGGGAUUGACCUUGGAGAAUACGAAAGCCUUCAUAAGGAAUUCAUGCAUGCUUUCGCAGAGCAGAUACCAAGGUAUCCUCAUCAAUCAGGGGAACGGCUCCACUCAAUACUCCACGAAGGAUGGGACCAAGGCACAUUCUGGUACGCCCUUGCACUUGAUAGUCCGAGUGGACUUUUUCAAAUCUUUUACGACCACAUACAACCACGAUUUUCAAAAGAUCACAUAAAUGAUGCAGUAUUUUUCCGGAUCACUAUGGAUUACUGGACAGUCAAUGCAGCCAAAUUUAUCCAUCAAAAAGUCAAAGACAAAGAAAAAUACGAUCGGCUAUUGCUCGAAGCUUUUACACAGCCUUCCAUGGACCAGAUGCCUAUGCACCCGUAA